GUCGCGGGGACGAGCCGGACCCCCGGGUCCCCGGGUCUCGUCUGAGCGACCAGGCCGUGCCCAGGCUGGAGGAGGUACCCGGCGCGGCUGCCACUCGUGGGUGCCGAGGCUGUGCGGUUCUGGGCGAGCAGACGUCCCCAGGUUUGUUCUCAUGAACAAGAUGGAUGACCUCAACCUGCACUACCGGUUUCUGAAUUGGCGCCGGAGGAUCCGGGAGAUUCGGGAGGUCCGGGCUUUCCGAUACCAGGAGAGGUUCAAGCACAUUCUUGUAGAUGGAGACACUUUGAGUUACCAUGGAAACUCCGGUGAAGUUGGCUGCUACGUGGCUUCUCGACCUCUGACCAAGGACAGCAAUUAUUUUGAGGUAUCGAUUGUGGACAGCGGGGUCCGGGGCACCAUAGCUGUGGGACUUGUCCCACAGUACUACAGCCUGGAUCACCAGCCUGGCUGGUUGCCUGAUUCUGUAGCCUACCAUGCUGAUGACGGCAAGCUGUACAAUGGCCGAGCCAAAGGCCGGCAGUUUGGGUCAAAGUGCAACUCUGGGGACCGGAUUGGUUGCGGCAUUGAGCCCGUGUCCUUUGAUGUGCAGACUGCCCAGAUCUUCUUCACCAAAAAUGGGAAACGGGUGGGCUCCACCAUCAUGCCCAUGUCCCCAGAUGGACUGUUCCCAGCGGUGGGCAUGCACUCUCUGGGUGAGGAGGUGCGCCUGCACCUCAACGCUGAGCUGGGCCGCGAAGACGACAGUGUCAUGAUGGUGGACAGUUACGAGGACGAGUGGGGCCGGCUGCAUGAUGUCCGAGUCUGUGGAACUCUGCUGGAGUACUUGGGCAAGGGCAAGAGCAUCGUUGACGUGGGGCUGGCCCAGGCCCGGCACCCACUGAGCACACGUAGCCACUACUUUGAGGUGGAGAUCGUGGACCCUGGAGAGAAAUGCUACAUCGCCUUGGGGCUGGCCCGGAAGGAUUAUCCCAAGAACAGACACCCUGGCUGGAGCAGAGGCUCUGUGGCUUAUCACGCAGAUGACGGGAAGAUCUUCCAUGGCAGUGGCGUGGGCGACCCAUUCGGGCCACGCUGUUAUAAAGGGGACAUUAUGGGCUGCGGAAUCAUGUUCCCCCGAGACUACAUUCUGGACAGCGAGGGUGACAGUGAUGACAGUUGUGACACAGUGAUCCUGUCCCCUACUGCCCGAGCCGUCCGGAACGUCCGGAAUGUCAUGUACCUGCACCAGGAGGGAGAAGAGGAAGAGGAGGAAGAGGAAGAGGAAGAAGAUGGGGAAGAGAUUGAGCAAGAGCAUGAGGGCAAGAAGGUGGUGGUUUUCUUCACUCGGAAUGGCAAGAUCAUCGGAAAGAAGGAUGCUGUCGUACCUUCUGGUGGCUUCUUCCCCACCAUAGGAAUGCUGAGCUGUGGGGAGAAAGUCAAAGUGGAUCUGCAUCCCUUGAGUGGCUAGGGGCUUUGCCCCUAGACCUGCCCCGUCUCCUUUUCCUUGCCCUUUGCAGAACCAGGUGCCCAGUUCCUACCUUCCAGGAUUUGUUUGCCCAGCAGGCCCCAGGGAGUGUGUAGUCCCUCCACCUCUCACAGAUCAGGCCCCUGCCAAGCCCCUCUGUGUCCACAUCCCUGACCUGAUAACACCCUGAUCAUCAGUCAGUCCUGGGCCCGAGUCCCUGGUUGGAAAGGAGCAGGCCCAAAGAGUAGUGUUACUCUGUUGGUGCAUGCCACUCGCUCUGGCUGGUGGACUCUCGCACCCCCCUUUUGCCCCCUGGCCGUGUGAGUGGAGAGGAGUGGGCACCUGUCUCAGCUGCUGUGUGGGCACGAGGCUCUUCUGAGGGUGGAGUAGAGACUGCCCGCUCCCCUAUUUAACACAGUAUUUCUCUUUGCAUCUUCUCUUUUUUUGUUCCCUGUCCUCAUUGUGUGGACCAGUUGCUGCUGUCGUCCCCCCUGGCUGGGCUAGGGGGGCUCUCUUGGGCCUUGUCUCUCCUUCCACUGACUGCUGUCCCAGGAGUACUAGUCCAGGGUCUCUGUUCUUUCCCCUGAGAGCCUCUUUCUCCCUCACCGCCUGCUCGCCUGCCCACCUGCCCACCUAGAAUCCGAGUCUCCAGUGCCCCCGCAGCUGUACGCACCUAGGUGGGAGUCUGCUAUGUGUUCAAUGGAGUGAGAGGGGCUACUUGGUGAGGGGGGCUGGGGUCUUGGCUCCUGUUCCCCCCUUGCCAUCCUUGGGAUACCUGUGGCCUCCUUGUCCCCAGUUCCCGGGCUUUCAGCAGAGACUCCAGAGCGGGUCUCUCUUGCCGUGGUGAGGGCAAGACCCCAGAGCCGUGGUUGUGAGCCCAGAGGGCAGCUUGGCCCCUCACUCCCCUUCCCUGCACAACCCCCCACCCCGGGUCCCAGCUUGCUGCCUGUGCCAGUUGCCUGUUUUGCUUCAGUGUUUGAUUCUAGCACUUACAUGUGUCCUCCCCCACCGAGCCCUCCUAUCUCCUACCGCCUUGACCCCUGACCCCCUUCCUAUACAGUGACUUCUGGGAGGAAGAGGGAGUGGGAGCUGUUGGCCUUGGUUUGCACAGAGUGGGUGGGCCUUGGCGAAAGAGGGUGAGCUGUUGUGUUGCUGGGGUCCCCUCUUUCGGCCCUCCACUACGAUGUAUGAAAUGUAUGUACAGCCCAGAGAUGUUUAUACAGCCAAUAAAGAUGGAGUUUCUGUAUUUAUCA